AUGGAGUGGACAAUAGACAAAAACGAACAACAGUUGCAACAACUGGAUGGACGUCAAGAAGAGCGACAUGUGUUGUUUGAAACAUCUGAAAGUGGUGAUACCGAAGAAAUGGUUAGAAUUCACGAAACUCACGUUACCAAAACAAUUGACGAAUUACCAAGCACUGGCAGCAAAAGAGUCGAACUUCUGCACAUUACAGAGAAAGAAAAUAAACGGCGUUUGUCACUUUUCAUUAUUAGUAGUGUCAUUAUGUUCGCAUUAGCGAUUUUAAUCGGUUACAUUGAUUAUGAGAAACCACUGUUUAGUUCCGUAGAUAAAUCAUUAAAAAUGCGUACAUCACCAAGAAUCUUAUCAAAAAACGAUGAGGUGCCACCAAAAAAACAAAGGCAACGUAAUCGGAAAGCAAAAACUGUAAAACACUCGAAUACUAUCGGUAUGAUCAGUCCAUCGAAACAGGACAAUAACACGCGUCUAUUAGACUUUGAAAUGGCUAGAACGAAUUCACACAAAAAACUCUAUGAGAUAGAUAAAUUAAUACGUAUUCUGUCUUCACGGUCGAAUUAUUUGGAUUCGCUUACAGCGGACAUUCAUAAAAGACAAAUGAGACGGUGCCUGACUGUUGAUCGAACUUAUCGCAUCGCCGAUACACUCAAUCUUCGACUUGUGAUGAUACCGAAAAAGCGAUUACGGAAAAAACAAAAACAAAAUAAGUAUCGUUUGUCAGCAGUUGUUCGAAAGAACAAAUAG